AUGAUUCCUCCGGAUUUACACAACCAACUCUUUAAAGGCCACUCCGGCGAAGAAGCCCAAGCCACUUUACCCCCAGACUUUCCCACCGCUUCCCACACCUGUACCGACCCUUCUGCGGAGGAUUUGUCCUCGUUCAUGGCUCAAACGGAUUGUGUGGUGGCUUUUCCCGAGGGCUGGACCAAACGCUGUACUCAAAGAAGAGGCGGGGCUUCGGCGGGCAAAUGGGACAUGUAUUUAACAGCGCCGGAUGGGACAAGAUUGCGGUCCUCCGUGGAACUCCUCAGCUACGUGGUCAGUCAUCGGAUCCGGAUCGACCCUACCUACUUGAACUUUGACCGCGUUAUUCGUCCGGGAGUGGAUGUGAGUAGUCUCACUCCGGGAGCUCAGAGUCUCAUCCGCAAGAUCAAGUAUUUAGAAGAGCACGAUUUUGACCCUUCCGGCCUGAGCAUGAUAGUCAAAGCACCUCAAGCCCCGAAAGCCCGCAAGAUCAGAUCGCGAGAUUCAGCGCCCACUAAAAGUCACAUGAGUUUGUCGAAGCUAUCCCAACGGAUCCCGCCCUUGAAACCCAAACACGAGAAAUACCUUCAGCGUCAGUUGGCGAAAGUUCAGUAUCCCAGUCCACACCAAAUUCGAUACAUGGCUAUGCAACUUAAAUUGGACAUUGCCGUGGUGAGCGCCUGGUUUCAAAAGAAUCGCGUCAAUCCUCAAACCUUGUUGUCACAAAGAUUGGAGUCGACUGAUAUGAUGGAUACCAAUGAGUUACUAACUACUGUUUUGUCAACUGGAACGGAAGCCGAGGUUAUCCGAGAAAAUGCCGAGUCGGAUCAGGUUUGUGGUGAGCUUUAA